GUCUUCGUACAGAUGGGUAUCAUGGUUGAAGUUGCAAAUUUUCUGCUGAUGUCCACGCAGCCAUUGUUACACAAAGCCUUGUGGGCGCCGCUGCAGAAGCCUCGCAGUUCGCCCAACGCCAGCGUCCCUUCCAGAACGCCGUGAAAGCCUCCCAACCAAGAGCAAAAUCUUCCGCGAUGAACCCUCUUUCAUUUCUUGAAAUUGACAUUUUAUCUUUUUGCACUCAUGAACCAUGUCAAGUCCGACAAGUACGAUCCGUCAAGCCUUUCAAAGUUUGCAGAGGUCAAUAUCGCUGGAGCACCGGCACACCUUUGAAUCCACUGAGCUCCAAGACGUUUGGGCUGCGAUUCAGGAUAUCCAAACAGCCCAACGGAAGCGUCACUCUGCGCAAAAUCUACGUCGAAUCGAGCCCCUGCUCGAGACCCUCGAAAAAUAUGCGAAGGUGAUUGAGAUUCUAUGCAAUGGGACUCAAUAUUUGUCGUUCAUCUGGGCUCCAAUCAAGCUCGUGUUGCAGCUUGCAAGCAAUCAUCGUGACAUUUUCGAAGCCUUGCUCGAUGCAUACGCCGAGAUUGGCAACGCCCUUCCCCGAUUCGAUCGCUACUCAAGUACUUUCAAAGACAACCCCGAGUUUCAUUCUGUCCUUGCCGGUAUUUAUGGCGCAAUUCUUGAAUUUCACCAACGUGCAUAUAAAUUCUUCCAGCGUCGAGCAUGGCAUCUUAUUUUCCUGUCGCUGUGGAAGGAUUUCCGGGCCAGAUUUCAGGGUAUCAUCAAUACUAUCGAGAAGCACCGCGAUUUCAUUGACAAGGAGGCAAAUUCGGUUGAUAUGGUCGAGGAUAGGGCGGCCCGAAUUCGAAUUCUAGACGAUAUUGCAGAGAGGCAGCGACAGGCUUCAGCAAUUUUAGACGAUAACGAUUCUCAAAAGCGGUUGCUACAAUUGCAAAGCUCAACAUCGUGGGUGGCAGUAGACGAUAAAAGACAAGAGGCAGAGCUCGCUCGAAGAUCUGCAAUGAGACAUGCCGGGACCUUCGACUGGAUUGGACAAGUACCUGAGACGAAAUCAUGGCUUAGAGAUGACGAUUCAGAGCCAAUACUUUGGCUGAAUGGUAAGCCAGGAGCAGGCAAAAGCGUCAUGUGUGCCUCCAUCAUCAACCUAUUCGAAAAAGUCAAAACACUAAAUGUUUGCUAUUAUUUCUGUAACAAUCAAGACGAUGCGUGGGACAAUCCAAGCGAACGAAUCCUAGGAACCAUAGCUAUUCAACUUCUCAGAGCUCAUCCAGAACUUGCUUCCUUAAUCACGAAUGAGUUCGUUUCUCGUGGAUUAAGCUCAAGCGUUGCUCAGCUUAGAGUCCUUGUUCCCAAGUUACUGGAACUUCACCCAUACACCCGAAUAGUUAUCGAUGGCAUAGACGAAUGCUCAAAAGCGGGACAGAAAAUAUUGUUGAAGGAGCUGCAGUCAACAUGUCUGGGUCCCAGGCUACACUGCAAAAUCUUAAUCUCGAGUCGGAAGGAACCAAAUAUCAAGACCGAGCUUGAUAAGAAACCUACGAUCUCCCUCGACGAGAAUGAUAAAGUGGAAUCGGACAUCCAGCGCUAUGUUACAUAUAAAAUUCAGAUCCUCCAGUCCACCUUCAUUGUAGAACUUGAGCCAGACUUUUUCGAAAAUAUCGCUCGAUUGCUCGCAGAAAAGGCAGAUGGGAUGUUUCUUUGGGUGAAACUUAUCAUGAAAGACCUCGAGCAAUGCUAUAGCAGAAGAGACCUCGACGAGUGUGCACGAAGCUUGCCUCAUGGACUGAAAGAGGCAUACGGUCGGAUACUUGAUCGUAUGAUAGCUGAGGAAGUUCCUCCUCAUACUCGGUCGCUCUCGAUCAGAAUUCUUGAAUGGAUGUCGUGUUCCUACCGGCGACUGAAGAUACACGAAAUCUUAGACGGAGUCAGCAUUCGUACGGAUCGAGAAUCUCUUGACAGGAACACCAAGCUUCCCAGAAGGGUCAUGGACCUUUGUAGACCAUUGAUCGAAGAUGGUCCUUAUAAUACCCUGACAUUUGUCCACUUUUCCGCACAAGAAUAUAUUAUGAAAGUAGCUUUCAGACAUGGACGGCCUUUCAUCAGACCCGAGGAGGCGCAUCUAAACAUUGGGUUUUCCUGCAUCGCAUACCUCAACACAAGCUUUCGGCUACUUCCGCAACACAGUAUGGAAGACGAGAGAAUGCUCUGGGUUCUUCAAGGGCUGCAUGGGCUGCAAAUAUACGCAAACCAAUUUUGGUACAAGCACAUUCAGGCUUACAUGGAUCUGGUUAUCGCUCAGAACUUGGAAAUUCCAGAAUAUUUCGUCCAACAAGUGGAGGAAAUUGUCAAGUACAACAAAGCAGAGCUGCCUGGAGAAUUGACACAAUCGACUACGGUAGGAAGUUCUAAGAGCAAACAAGCUCCCGCCCGACAACAUAAUUCCCUCGAGAUUUUUCCUGGUUUGAGCAAAUUCGUUUCUAGCUUGGAAGUGUUUCGAGAUAACUUGAGAAACCGAGACUGGACACAAAAGUCUAUCGAAGCUUUGUCACUCGAAAUACGUGACUCAGAUCCCUCUUGGUUGAGCUCUACCCGGCAUCAAUACCAAUUGGCUUUGGAGGCACUCCUGAGCCCAGCCUUUCCCUCGUCAUCGUCCGUCAGUGAAGAGGAACUGCAAGAAUUUCGAGACAUAUAUGGAGAUUCGGCAUUUACUUGCAGAUAUCCGCAUUGCGAACGAUCUACAGACGGUUUUGGAUCCUGCCAAGAGCGAGAAAAGCACGAAGCCCAGCACCGUCGAGAGUACCGUUGCGAUGCACCUACCUGUGCUUAUUCUGAGAUGGGCUUUGCUACUCGACCUCAACUCAAUCGACACACCCGAAAAUAUCACGCUCAUGUUGAUAAUGGGGCGAGCCUUCUUGAUGAGGUCAGAGCUCUGAAGAAACGAAAACAUGCGGAAGAAACAGCUCGGGACCAAGUUCAAGAACAACCCAAACGCCAAAUUACACUCUUCCGACCAUCCCGUGCCGAUAUUGAUACUUUACUGAGCUUGCUCCCUAAUAUACCUGAAUCAGAAGUAAUAUUGCGACUGAAGGGAAAUAACAACAAUGUCGAGCAAGCCAUGCGCGAAUACUUUGACAAUAAUAUAUCUAGAAACAAGUACCAAUGGAAUGAAGCGGAGUUCAGCAGCGAUCGGGAGGGUACUCAAAAUAAUGCUGGAAUAUCGUUCAACAUACACGCCUCUGAUGACACUGGCGCAUAUCGACCAUUCUCUAAACCCCGCUGGGCCCCCUCCCGACCACCUUCGCCUACGAGCAACAAGUCUCCACCCAGUAAGAUCAUAGACUUGACUGCAGAACAUGCAGCAGCCGACCCUAGGACUUCGAUGUCUCAUCAGAACCAGCAUGACUGGGAAAUGGAACAAGCACUUUAUGUUCCGAGACAAGAAUAUGGACGACCAUUACAAGAAAGUGGAUCGAUUGGUCUCAGUACCUUUGGCGACAAUAACGCAACCCCUUCACAACCCAUAUUGAAGGAUCCCCUUUAUUCUGCGAUUCCUCGCGUGUACACGCCCCCGACUCAGUAUACUCCGCGUCCUCUGCAUCGGUCUCGAGGCAAUAGCUUCGCGUAUCAGAGGAGCCGGACACCUCCUCCGGUUGAGCAAAACUAUGUGCAUGCCCCCGAUCGUCUUGGUACUCCUCUAUCGACACAGUACAAGCAACAACAAUACCCAGGUCAGGAAAGAUAUCCACCCCGUCAAGAUGCAGAGGGGCGAAUACAAGAAGAUGUUUACUACCGGCAACAUUGGCAGCGAGAGAUGGACGAGUGACGUCUUAUGGAUGAUCAAGGAUAUACAGCUAGUCUAGCACGAAGUUUGGCUGCUGAAUACCAAAAUCCAUUGGACGCCAAGCUACGAAGAAAGGAGGUCGACGUACAGAAACACUUGGAAGAUGCUCGACGCUUCUAGUGCUUCUCUUUCGCGCUUCUGCAUGCAUUGGCGGCGCCUUGGAGUAGAUCAGCAUGCAAGAAUGAGC